UCACUUCCGGCCUGGGCGCCCGUCCCCCUGACCCCAGGGUCUGAGUCGCCGCUGCCGCCGCUGCCACCAUCCGUGAGGGAGGAGAGAGGAGGACGAGUGCGGCGCGGCGGCCCCGGGACCGAGGAGGGACCCAUACAUGGAGCUGCGGGAAGAGGCCUGGUCUCCGGGGCCGCUGGAUUCUGAGGACCAGCAGAUGGCCAGUCACGAGAACCCAGUGGACAUUCUCAUCAUGGAUGAUGACGACGUGCCCACCUGGCCCCCUACCAAGCUGUCCCCGCCCCAGUCCGCGCCCCCGGCCGGACCCCCGCCCCGGCCGCGGCCGCCCGCCCCCUACAUCUGCAACGAGUGCGGCAAGAGCUUCAGUCACUGGUCCAAGCUGACGCGGCACCAGCGCACGCACACGGGCGAGCGGCCCAACGCCUGCACCGACUGCGGCAAGACCUUCUCGCAGAGCUCGCACCUGGUGCAGCACCGGCGCAUCCACACCGGCGAGAAGCCCUACGCCUGCUCCGAGUGCGGCAAGCGCUUCAGCUGGAGCUCCAACCUCAUGCAGCACCAGCGCAUCCACACCGGCGAGAAGCCCUACGCCUGCCCCGACUGCGGCCGCAGCUUCACGCAGAGCAAGAGCCUGGCCAAGCACCGGCGCUCGCACAGCGGCCUCAAGCCCUUCGUGUGUCCGCGCUGCGGCCGCGGCUUCAGCCAGCCCAAGAGCUUGGCGCGCCACCUGCGGCUGCACCCGGAGCUCUCCGGGCCCGGCGUAGCGGCCAAGGUGCUGGCGGCCAGCGUGCGCCGGGCCAAGGCGCCCGAGGAGGCGGCGGCGGCAGACGGCGAGAUCGCCAUCCCCGUGGGCGACGGCGACGGCAUCAUCGUGGUGGGCGCGCCGGGGGAGGGGGCUGCGGCGGCCGCAGCUGUGGCGGGCACCGGGGCCAAGGUGCCGGGGCCCCGCUCCCGGCGCGCGCCGGCCCCCAAGCCAUACGUGUGCAUGGAGUGUGGGCAGGGCUUCGGGCAGGCAGCCGGGCUCCUGGCGCAUCAGCGCGCCCAGCACGAGGACGGGCUCGGGGCGGCGGGGGGCGAGGAGCCCGCGCACAUCUGCGUGGAGUGCGGCGAGGGCUUCGUGCAGGGCGCCGCGCUGCGCAGACACAAGAAGAUCCACGCCGUGGGUGCGCCCUCGGUCUGCAGCCGCUGCGGACAGAGCUACUACCGGUCCGGCGGGGACGAUGAGGAAGACGAGGACGAGGCGGCAGGUGGCCGGUGCAGCGAGUGCCGAGGCGGGGAGGCCCGGUAGGGGUGAGGGGCCCGAGGGGUCAGGGCCCCUCGGGCUCAGCGGGAGCGAUGGCGCAGGACCCAGAGACCCGGGGAGAAAUGGACCGAGGGGCCCGGGCCCGCAGCGACCUCCCAGGCAGCUGCCUGCCCCGCGGUGCAGUGUCUUCGGGAAGGGUGCUGGGGUGCUCACCUUGCUGCCGCGCACCCCCGAGCCCCCGCGCUGGACCUGGCCUGUCCCUUGUAGUUCUCCGCGGAGCCGGAGAUAGACGAUGCGAACUAGAGACCAAGAGGACAAACCCACGAGCGAAAGACCGACUCCCCACUUUCUCUCCCCCCACAGUCGAGGGGCUGGCAAAGAAUGGAGAGCAAUUGGGCUCUUCCAUUUAGGGGGAGCCUAGAGAGGGAAGGUAAAGAGGGGGGGAUCCUUUCCUCUUUUAGAAUUUUCUUUUAAUCGUACCCACCCAAUCCCAUUACCAUUAUUUUUCUCCCCCCUUGAAUCCCAUCCUUUUUCUUGCCCAAGCCCUCCCUCUCGGUCAUGGGUCUGGGGGCGCAGGAAUGUGGAGGCAGAACCAGCCUGGUUCCAAGGUGCCCCUCAGAGAACUGGCCCCUCCCUAUUCCAUGGCCUGGGUGGUGGAGGAUGGGUGGGGGCCAAUAAACGGCACCAUCUGAUUGUC